AUGGAAUGCUUAUACUUUCGGUGUCUCAACUGGCUCUGUUGGUUUUGGAAUCGAAGGAAUCACGUCUCCGACGGCACUCUUUGCUCCAUAUCCUGCUUUGGUCCACUCGGCUGGGACUCCUUUUCCGUAGAUUUGGAAGACAAUGUUGGCAACGAAAAGAGCGACGAAGUAUACCAUCCACACCCACCACCACUCGUCCCAGGUGUCAUUUGUAACGAAAAUAUUGACGACGACUGGAGCGAUGAGGGAGGCGAGGCAGUUGAGGAAUGA